CACGUGCCUACAGCCGCCGGGCCAGGGCGCAGGUCACAAGUGGCGGCGGAGGGUGGGCUGUGUAACCGACUGUGUCCACCGGGAGCGGAGUCCAGGAGCUGGCAGGAUGUCCCUUGGUGCCUAUUGUAUCAUCUGCUGCAGAAGAAUAGGAACCUCUGCUCCCCGUUUAAAAUGUCACACGUCCUGGAGAAAUAUCCGGAAUAUAAUAAGAGUCACUGGAUCCCUCCUUUUAGGGGGCUCUUUAUUUCUUACAUAUGAAGUUCUGGCCCUGAAAAAGUCUUUAACGUUAGACACUCAGGUGGUGGAAAGAGAAAAAAUGAAGUCUUACAUCUAUGUGCACACAGUUCCCAUGGACAAGGCAGAAAAUCGUGGGCUUGUUUGGCAGGCAAGAAAAGAACUUCACAAAGCAGUAAGGAAAGUGUUGACAGCAUCAGCCAGGGUACUGCGGAGCCCAUUUGCUGACUCUUUCAGCACAGUUGACAUAGAAGACCAUGACUGUGCCGUGUGGCUGCUCCUGAGGAAGAGCCAGGAGGACGAUAAGGCCGCCCGACUGAAGGCUGUGCAGGAGAUGUCGGAGGCCCACCACUGGCACAACUACCAGUACAGGAUAAUUGCUCAAGCCUGCGACCCAAGGACCCUUAUUGGUUUGGCACGAAGCAAAGAAAGUGAUCUUCGCUUUUUUCUCCCACCUCCUCCUCUGCCAUCUUUAAAAGAAGAUUCCUCCACUGAAGAGGAGCUCAGGCAUUUGCUGGCUUCUUUACCUCAGACAGAGCUCGAUGAGUGUCUCCAGUAUUUUACAUCCUUGGCUCUCAGUGAAACCAGCCAGAGCCUGGCUGCACAGAAGGGAGGACUCUGGUGUUUUGGAGGAAAUGGACUUCCUUAUGCAGAAAGCUUUGGAGAAGUUCCCACCGCCACAGUGGAAAUGUUCUGCCUAGAAGCUAUAGUAAAGCAUUCAGAGAUACCCUCCCACUGUGACCACAUCGAAGCAGGCGGGGGCUUGCAGCUCCUGCAGAGGCUCUACCAGCUCCAUAAGGACUCCCCCAAAAUACAGAGAAACAUCAUGAGGAUCAUUGGAAACAUGGCCUUGAACGAGCACCUCCACCCUGCUAUAGUCCGCUCAGGUUGGGUUUCUAUAAUGGCAGAAGCUCUGAAAUCCUACCACAUUAUGGAGGCUUCCCAUGCUGCCAGAACCCUGGCUAAUCUAGACCGAGAAACUGUGCGUGAGAAAUACCAGGACGGAGUGUAUGUGCUGCAUCCCCAGUGUCGGACAAGUCAGCCCAUUAAAGCCGAUGUCCUUUUUAUUCAUGGCCUUAUGGGAGCAGCGUUUAAAACCUGGCGUCAGAAGGACAGUGAGCGGGUUCUGACAGAAAAUGCUUUGGUGGAUGAGAACAGGUACACGACAUGCUGGCCCAAGACAUGGCUGGCAAAAGACUGUCCUGCACUUCGCAUUAUAUCUGUGGAGUAUGACACCAGCCUCAGUGACUGGAGAGCAAGGUGCCCCAAGGAAAGAAAGUCCAUUGCAUUCAGAAGCAACGAACUCCUUAGCAAGCUCAGAGCUGCUGGUGUUGGGGAUAGGCCAAUGAUUUGGAUAUCACAUAGCAUGGGAGGUCUUCUUGUCAAAAAGAUGCUGUUGGAGGCCUCCAAGAAGCCAGAACUGGACGCCAUGAUAAACAAUACAAGAGGAAUCAUUUUUUACAGUGUCCCUCACCACGGAUCCCACUUGGCUGAAUACUCCGUUAACGUUCGAUAUCUUCUCUUUCCUUCUUUGGAAGUCAAAGAACUCAGCAAGGAUUCUCCUGCACUGAAGACACUACAGGAUGACUUUGUGGAGUUUGCGAGAGACAAGAACUUCCAGGUGCUGAAUUUCGUAGAAACGCAACCAACGUUUAUUGGCAGCAUGAUUAAACUGCACAUAGUGCCCGUGGAGUCUGCAGAUUUAGGCAUUGGGGAUCUAAUUCCUGUGGAUGUCAACCAUUUGGACAUUUGCAAGCCGAAGACAAAGGAUGCUUUUUUAUAUCAACGUACUCUACAGUUCAUCUGUGAAACUUUAGCCAGAGACCUUGGAAACUGACAGCUGCCUUUGUGUGAAUACAGAGCAAGAAAUAUGGC